AUGGACGGAGUAUCCGCAACGAGCGUUACAGGGCGGAUGGGAUGGGCAGGGAUGGGUGGGAUGGAUCGCCGCUCAUCCGACGAUAAGAUGAUAAGUGGACAGGGCAAAUCCAAUGAAUCUUGGAGGCAGGGAGAGCGGCUAGAGCUCUGGAGUGGGGUCUCGGAGGUCACAGUACCCGAUGAUCUCUCAUCAGGGUGUAAGCACGCGACUUCGGAGAAUGAGGGGUUCAGAGUCACGCCGAGAUUCAGAUUGCCCGUGCAACAGGUCGACAUUGCUUUGGAGCUGCCAGGUACCCGGGGAGCAACAGACCCUGUCUUACAUGGUGAAGUAGAUCAGUAG